AUGGCUGGCUAUACCCCCAACUACGGCGCCGGUGGCCCUGGCAAUGCUCGUCCUACCUACAGGAGCUACUCUGAUUACAUGAGCAGCACUUUUGUGGAUCACUUCGAGAGCUUGCCAGCGAGGCUGAACGCCGAGGAGAGGCCUCGGCCGCUGGACGCACAAAGGUAUUAUGAUGAGUACGAUAGCGACCAGUCCAACACGUGCGCAAAGUUGGCGGUGGAGUUCUACAGUCAGCAACAGGGAAACUCGCCCAUCAUGUUGCAUGAAGCAAAAGGCAGCCACAAGUUCUUCUCCAACAGGACUGCCUACUUCCACGUCAACUUCAAGGCCGGUGGAUAUGACGAGCCUUAUGACACCUUCUUUGCCGAGGUUAUGGGCCCCGGCGGCGGCCCCGAGACAGUCACCAUGGUCGUUCGGUUCCGUACCAAAGGUGAUGGUGGCCAGGAGGACGGCCGCGGUGAUGGUCAUGCAGAGGAGGAGCAGCAGCAGGGCGACGACAGCGACGGUGAUGCCGAGGAGCAGGAGGGCAGCGAUGAUGAUACGGAGGAGGACUACAGCGAGGAUGAUGAUACGGAGGAGGACUACGGCGACGAUGAUGAUACGGAGGAGGAUGACGACGGCGAUGAUGAAGAUGGCAACUAA